AUGGCCCCUAAAUCUAAGAGCAAGAAGGAUGCCAACUCCAUCAACUCUCGAUUGGCUUUGGUCAUGAAGAGCGGUACUGUCACUCUCGGCUACAAGUCUACCCUGAAGAGUCUGCGCACCAACAAGGCCAAGCUGGUCAUCAUCAGCGGCAACACCCCUCCUCUGCGCAAGUCCGAGCUCGAGUAUAUUGCCAUGCUUAGCAAGACCCCUGUUCACCAUUUCGCUGGAAACAAUAUUGAACUGGGUACCGCCUGCGGUAAACUCUUCCGAUGCUCCACCAUGGCUGUCAUUGAUGCUGGUGACUCGGAUAUACUCAGCGGCCAGAUUUAA